CUGAUUGGUUGAGCUUUACUGAAAGACAUUAUUCAAAAUCAAAAGAAACCUCAAUUCUUGUUCUAAUAAUGGGGCUACUCAGCAUCAUCCGAAAAAUCAAGAGAAAAGAGAAGGAAAUGCGUAUACUGAUGGUGGGCCUUGAUAAUUCUGGAAAGACGACAAUUGUUUUGAACAGCAUCAGUCCUACUCUUGGUUUUAAUAUCAAGACUCUCACUUUCCAAAAGUACACCUUGAAUAUAUGGGAUGUUGGGGGACAAAGAACUAUAAGAUCGUAUUGGAGGAACUACUUUGAGCAAACUGAUGGCUUGGUAUGGGUAGUUGACAGUUCGGAUCUUAGAAGUUUAGAUGAUUGCAAAAUGGAACUUGAUAAUCUUUUGAAGGAAGAGAGGCUGUCUGGAGCAUCAUUGCUAAUAUUAGCAAAUAAGCAAGAUCUAAAGGGUGCACUUAAACCAGAUGAAAUUGCCAAGGUACUAAACCUGGAGAAUAUGGAUAAAACCCGACAUUGGAAAAUCAUGGGUUGUAGCGCAUACACAGGAGAGGGACUGCUUCAGGGGUUUGAUUGGUUGGUUCAGGACAUUGCCUCUCGAAUCUACAUGCUCCACUAACUCAUCUCAAUCGUUAUCUGAGAAAGAAUCUCUAUAUAAUGUUGUUAAGUGUUGUAUGGUUGUAUACGUAAUUUGAAUUUGCAAUACAAUCUCUCUCUAAUGAAACAAAUUUCCAAGGUAGAUAAUAGUUACAAGAACUACUCUCCAAACGGAGCAAGUAUAUAAACUUUUAGGAAUAAUUGGACUCAGGCCUUUCAUUUCAAGCGAUAUAAUUUCGGGUACGUCCGGUAAAAUUAA